GCAGGGCGGCGGGAGCUCGGCGAGCCCGGGCGAGGGGGCAGCAGAGGGCGCGGCGCGGAGCGAGCGCCAAAGAGUGAAGUGGGCAGCGGCGGCGGCGGCGGCGAGCGCGGGGCCCGGCGAGCAUGAGCGCGGCGGCGGCGGCGGCGGCGACGGGCGCGGCGCGGGGCUCGGGGCCGGCGGGCGGCCGGGCGGCGCGGGCCGCCGAGUAGCCGCGGGCGGCGACGGGGCAUGAGGCCGGCCGCCGGACCCCCAGCCGGACCCCGAGCCGGACGCCGAGCCAGAGCUCCAGCCCCGGCCCCAGCCCCAGCCCCAGCCUCAGCCCGGGCCCCGGCCCCAGCUCCGCGCCGCGCCCGGCGCGCCUAGGAGCGGGCGCCUUCCGAGCGCCGAUCCGGGAGCCCGGAGUCCCCGCGUCCCCGCAGCCCCCAGAACCCGGACAACUGUUGCGGCGGCGGCGGCGGCGGCAGGGGCAUCGCGGGGGCGUGGGCAGCCCCCGCACCCCAGCAGGCGGCUCCCGCGGGCGCCGGCUCCCGGCUACGAAGCGAGGAACGAGCGGGCGGCGGGCACGAGGCAGCUCUGGACGGAUCAAUGCAAGCCAGACGAUGACCAGUUGUGGCCAGCAGUCCUUGAACGUGCUCGCCGUCCUCUUCUCGUUGCUGUUUUCUGCAGUCUUGUCUGCACAUUUCCGGGUCUGUGAACCAUACACAGACCACAAAGGCCGCUACCACUUCGGCUUCCACUGCCCCCGGCUCUCGGACAAUAAGACCUUCAUCCUCUGUUGUCACCAUAACAACACGGUCUUCAAAUACUGCUGCAACGAGACGGAGUUCCAGGCGGUGAUGCAGGCGAACCUCACGGCCAGCUCCGAGGGUUACAUGCACAACAAUUACACCGCCUUGUUGGGAGUGUGGAUCUAUGGCUUUUUCGUGUUGAUGCUGCUGGUUCUGGACCUUUUGUAUUACUCGGCAAUGAACUACGACAUCUGCAAGGUCUACCUGACACGGUGGGGCAUCCAAGGACGAUGGAUGAAACAGGACCCCCGGCGGUGGGGGAACACCGCUCGGGCCCCUCAGCCGGGUCAGCGGGCCCCACAGCCACAGCCUCCCCCAGGCCCGCUGCCACAAGCCCCGCAGGCCGUGCACGCGCUGCGGGGAGAUGCUCACAGCCCACCGCUGAUGACCUUCCAGAGUUCGUCUGCCUGAAAACCCUUUUGCUGUGCCUCAGGAUGGAGGAGAUGAGAUCUGAAGCACCCGGUGCAGCCUCCGAGAACAACUUCUACAGAGAUGCCAGGGACGGCCGAGGUAGCGGUGGUGGCAGAGGAGGAAAUGCUGCCUGUGCCCAAAGUCCCCUUCCGCGGACUUCUAAGAUUAGGAGCAAACUCAGGGGUAGGGGCUGGGGGUGCAGGGGAGGGGAUUCUGAGCCACCUGUCCGCAAGCAAUAGUCCUAUUUUGGGCUGGUGGCUUCUGAGAGGUGACUCAUUGUGGACUCAGGAUGACCAAGACAAAGUAACUCUGGCUGAUUCCAGCCAGGAGGAUUGAGGCCUGUGAGUUAUACCCGUGGUUGGAAACCGAAGCUUCCCUUGCCCCCGCUCCCUCCAACAGCGGCCCCUUGGGGCUAUUUGUGUCAGAAUAUUGAAUGUGCGUGUGUGCGCGCGUGUGUGAUUUGGGGUGUUCUUUUUGUUUGUUUGCUUGGUUGGUUUUUAUUGGGGUUUCCCCCCUCAAGUUCUCUGAUGGGCAUGAGUCACCCUCUGGCUGGGGGUUCUCAUCCGUGUCAAUGUCCGAGCCGCAAGCUUCUUGCUAAGCACAGGGUACAGCCCCUCUGUGUCUCGGGGAGCACUGGGGAUUUGAAAAUGCCAGUCAGGGUUAGUUCUUACAGAAUUCAUUCUUGUAACAAUAGUAAUACUAAGGGUUGCAUCUCAGGCUGACCACAGGACAGGUACCAAGUUAAGUGUUUUCACGCACUCUCUCUCUCUCUCACCACCUGGGGAGGCAGGUAUGAUUAACCCCCUGCAGGGAAAGCUCACAGUGGGGAAGGCAGGUAUGAUUAACCCCCUGCAGGGAAAGCUCACAGUGGGGAAGGGGUGCCCAGGGCCACAUGGCCAGAAGGAGACCAACCCCUCGCCUGACCUUGGGUGCAGGAACCCAAAGUCCAGGUUCCAACUCCCUGGACGUGACAUGCUCCCCAGCCAGGGCACACCCUGCACAAUGCCGGGAGCAUCUCCUUGAUGCCUCCACAGACCAUCGCCCUGAGUUCUCCACCAUCACCGCCUGGAGCGCUGAUCCACUCAGCACAUUCUGGCUAAGCAUCUGCUGUGUGCCAGGCCCCGUGCUGGGCAGUGAUGGGAACGAAAGAUGAGUCAGACCUCACCUCUGCCCCUGGGGAGCCUCCCAUCUGGUAGAAGACACAGACACAUGGAUCUUUGCUGGAAAGGGUAACAAGGCUAUGGAAACCCAGGGAGGAGGGUUCUAGAGAUCCAUCCACUUUCAAGUGGGACUUCCACGAACACCUACAUGCCCAUACCAUCAACCCACAGAGCUAAUCAGCCCCACUCCUGCCCCGCUGCCCUGGGGCACCUAUGAGAUGGCAUCACCUAAAUCAUCACAAACUUCUCCAAAGGCCACGCUGCCAGUGUAGACACACUCAUUCCAUGGGUGUGAGUGAUACCAAAUCUCCCCCAGCUCUUAGCUCAGGAGGCCCUGCUUGAUAAAUGUGUGUGUCCUCUGACCCAGUUUCCUCAUUUCAUCAGACCUAGUGUUCUCACACUGACCACCCAUCCAUUCACCAGACACGACAGUGAGCAAGGCAGGUCCCUGCUCACUGUGCUAGCUUUCUAGCUGGGGAAGGAAGACAGUGAAGAAGGAAGGUGGCAAGGGUGGUGAGUGCUGUGCCAGGAACUCAGUUUGAGGGACACGUGAGUGAGACCCUUGUGGACCUGGGGUGGUCUGGGAAGUCCUUGAGCAGAUGAUUGAAGCCCAGAUUUGAAUGACACACACGAGCCAGUAAUGGGCGUUAAAGAUAGGAAAAGAAAGAGCAUUCCAGGCAGAAGGAAUGGCUAGUGCAAAGAUCCUGUGGCAGCCACCGGCUUGGUGGUUUCAAGGAAGCACAAGAAAGCCAGGUGGCUGGGGCCCCAGAGGGAAGGAAGGCAGACGGAGAUGAGGGUGGUAGUGCCCAGUUCUGGGCUCUGCUGUGAGUCAAGCUGUGCAAACCCAAUGCCCUGCCUUUGGAAAAGCAGAACAAACUUGCUAGGGCAUUAAGCAGCCUCCAUUCUGCCUGGCUGUCCGUCCUCUCAACAGCCCCAUGAAGAAGGGGCUCUCCCCAUUUUAUGGACGAGAAGACAGACUCAGCCGGGUCAAGUGGCUUGCCCAGGAUCACACAGGUCGGCUGUGGAAGACCCAGGCCCCUGGCUUCAGUCUUUGGGUCUAGCUGUCUCCUCCAGGCAGUGCUGCCACUGUCCAGGCAUAUGGCUUGGUAAAGUGGGAGAACCUCUGCUUGGGGUCUUGAUUAGAGAAAGGCAUGGCUUCCUCUCCCCUGAUGUGAGCCAUCCCAGGGCCAUGUUGCCAUAAGGGGGUGCACAGCCUGUCCACUAGCCCAGCUGGGGAAGCCACAGCUGUGUCCCAUGUGCAGUGCCUCAGAAGGCAGAGGAAGGCUGUGUCCCAUGUGCAGUGCCUCAGAAGGCAGAGGAAGCCUUGGGGUGGGUGCCCAAGACCCAGAUUCUGACAUCAGCUCUGCCACUGAGAACAGCGUGACCUCAGGCAAGGUCUGUUACCUCAGUUUCCCCAUCGAUAAGAGGAAGGAGUCAGAUGGGUAUUUAAGGAGUUUGCAACCCUUGUGUCCUGCUGUCCUGGAUGAUGCUCUGUAGGUGCUUCCUCUGCCGAAAAGGAACUGGUGGCCUUGCCUCCCUCUCCUGGACACCUGGGGUCAGAGGUCACUGCCAAAUAGACAGCUAGAGCUGGGGUUCACCUAAGCAUCCCUUGAGAUUUACAACCUUCUAGGAGGACAUUCCUCCUGCCCGCCCCUCUCCCCCCAAGAGGUCUUUUCAGGAAUAACUGAAAAACCCAUGGGGUUUGUGGUCCUGCUGCUCUGCCGAGUCCCUCUUGGGCAGCCGGGCUGAGGACUGGAACAUUCUGUGGCAAGCAGGAGGCCUCAGCAGAGAUCACCAAGACCCAGCACACCUGGUAUAGAUAGCCUGCGGCAAAGGCAGGUGCAGAGUGCAGAUAGCCACGGCAUCCUCCUUCCUGCAGGUCACCCCCACGAGCCACUUAACCUCUCAGAGCCUCUGCUUCGCACCUGCCAAGUGUGUGAGGUAGGGUAUCAGGCAGUCACGGUACUUGCUGUCUCACAGAGGAGCCGACAGGUGAGAACAGUGUGCACGUGGGUGUGAACACUCAAUGUGGAAAGCAGGUGUGUGUGUGUGUGUAUUCAAUCCCCCAAUGGUGUCAAGGGCUCCUCAAAAUGCCAUGGGUCCCCAGGUCAUUGUGAUAAACACUGUCCCCAUCCUGCUGUGGUUGUGGCUGGCAGGUCCUUCAAUGAGUAGAGUGUCCCUGAGAACAAGAUGGAUGCAGGGUAGUGACAAGUUCAAGCAUAGCUAGAGUUACUGUUUUUUUAAGCAACUCCUCAACCUGAUUUUUUAAGCUGCCUACUUUUACUUUUUACUGUGAGCUUCUGUCCAUCACCACGUAAUUUGUAAUAAUAAUAAUACAAAAAGAAAAACACGAGAGAAAGAAGAGGACAAGAUGUCCACAGAGGAAUCUGCAUUCGAGGCUGCUUUGCAGAACUACCACGUUUGUAAGGACUGUUUCCCACUGGGAACUGUGUGUAAUUAAUGAGCAGUUUUAUGCUUUCCCUCUCGUCUGUGUACGGUGUGAUUGUUGUGUGUUUCAGAAACUCUAUUCAGAACCAAUAGCUGGUAGUGCCUGCUGGCUCACUGCCCUCAAGUUAGCCUCUGAACGUGCCCUGCACCUAGAGAAGCUGCCUGCUCACCUGCCUCGCCUGGCCGUUCCAGCGGCCAGGCCAGCACCUGAUCAUGACCAUUGCUGAUGUUCAACAGGCCUUAAUUGAAAACACACACAAGUACAUACAUGCACACGCAACCAGCUGUGCAUGCAUGGACGCACAUGCACACAUAGGUGAUUUCACAGGUAGAUCUGGUCCCUCUUGCUGUCUCCAAUGCUCUAGAAAGCAGCACGUAGGCAGCUGACAGUGUUCCCAGGGUGGGUGGCAUCUCCCCUCAUCAUCAGAAAGAUUCAAAUUUUGGCCCAGAGCUGAAGAGAAGGACUUGGGAAUGUCAGGGAAAACACAACAGGGAUGGGGGUUAACAGGCUUCUUUGGCCAGGAGAUGGUUCCCAGUUCAUCGUCAACCCAAAAGCUCUCUUCAGGUCAUGUCAAACAGACCAGAGCUGUGGGUGUGGCUGUGCCUGGCACUGACUCCCCCACAGGCCACUGUCCAGGUCAGCUCAGGAUUCCAGCUGCCAUCCCCACCCAGGCCCCUCCGCUGGCUCAGCUGCUUUCACAAUCACCAUGUCUAUUAGAGACUGUGCCAUUCAAGUAGAUGGGGUCCCCGGGGGUGCAGACUUGUAAAAUUUUUUAUUGGCUUAUUUUAAUUUUUCAACUUGGCUGAACUGGUCCCCAUCAGCAGGAAGAGCCUUCAGAAGUGAAUUUACAGAUUUCCCCCAUGUUUGAAAUUAACAUAACACGAACCCAGAAGGCAGAGCUUGCAGUGAGCUGAGAUCGCACCAGUGCACUCCAGCCUGGGCAACAGAGUGAGACUCUGUCUGGGUAGGUAGGUAAGAAGGAAGGAAGGAAGAACAGACCUGGAUGGAGUUAUUGGGAACAUGUCUUAUCAAUGUUGAAGGGCCACCUAUCACUGCAGGGAGACAUCCACGUGGGUUGUUUUCAUCUGCUGUGAAAAUCUAGGGUUGGAAUCAUGGAAGCAAACUGCAGGAAUUCUUAAUCAUCCUGCUCACGUGGUAGGCAUCAGAGGGUGUCUGCCUGGCCCCCACAGCACUGGGACAGUCCGAGAGGCCAUGAGUGGAUGACGCCCUGAUCACUGCCCUUUGCAGUCCAGGAAUACAUCACUGGGCUGGGGCCAUGCCCUGUGCCCUCUGGAAGACAAGCCUGUGCACUGUGUGCCAGAUGCCAUGCACAGUGCCCUAGUUCCUUGCUGUAGCACCAACACAUCCCACGCUGGUGCUUAAAUGCAUGCAAACAACUUUGGGGUUUGUGGCCCAAAAAGCUCAAAUGUUAAGCAGUCAGGCGAGCUAGAAGAGGUCAGGAUCCUCCUAGAAAACUCAUUCGAUGACACGCACUUCCCUCACCUGUUCAGAUACUUGCCAAGCGCCUGCCGCUUGCCUGGCCCUGUACCCAGGUCCCAUCUGGGAGCCAUUCCUGCUAUAGCUGGGACCACCUGUGAAACAGCUAGUUGUGCCUAACAGACAUGCUCAGAUUCACAAAAUGAAUUCAGAACACUUACCUGUCCCACCCAUGAAAGUGACCUUGGAGGUGUCAUUGCCCCCACCACCCCAGUUUCUAGUCCAAGCCAACAGCUGGUGCUAGAUAGAUGCUUGAUGAAUGAGCAGAUUUGACUGUUAGUUACUCUGUACCUAAAACUCCUAUCUUCACAUCAAAGCCCUGACAGAGUUGCCCUUGACAGACUGAAAUCCAGGGCUGCUGCAGGGUUCACCUCCAGGAGGCACCAUUCAUGACACUGUCCCACAAAUGAUAAUAGGCUCCCAGAGAUAUUGUUUACAUAGACUGCACUGAGAAUGGUGACCCUUGGGUUUGUACAAUGAGGUACCCUGUUGAACGACCCUAAACCAGCCUCCAAAAUGUGCAGGAUCCCACAUUGGUCAGCGCCAUCCCUGAGCACAGGAUCAAAAACUGUAGAUGACGUGGCCACCCUGGCCACAACUGGAACCAAGCUGGUGGCCCACGAGGGAGCCGCCUCUUGGAAUUGCAUGUCAGUUUCUGAUAUGCAGUUUCUUCCUAUUUUUCCCCAUUUCCCAUUUUAAAGCUAGUGGCAUACGUCACAGUCAAAUAACCAAGUGGUCAGUGUCUGGAAGAUGUGCAGUAACGAGGUGGGGGCUGCAAGGGUGAGGGGCUCAGUCACGUUAACAAGGCAGGAAACCUCCCACAAAAGGCUGAUGUGUCGUCCCCAGGGCCAGCUGGACAAGGGCGUGCAGCGGCAGGGGUGGGGGGAUGGAAAUAUUUUCUCUCCCAUAAACUCUGACUUCAUGUGAGCAGGCAUGGGGUCUUCCUGAGAGCUGAUAACCGGGAAAACCAAAACCAACAAUAUUCCUAAUAAUAAUACUAGAAUGUAACAAGAAUCAUGUGUUUUUCACUGACCGCUGUUGCUCUGCUUUUGUCUUUAUAUACAGUAGUUUUUAUAACAACGUCCCUAGGUUUUAAUAAAGGAGUGUCAUGUCAACUGUUCCCUA